GGAAAUAAUAAACAAUUGAAAAAAAAUGGAAACAUCGAGCUUCUUCCAUUUUAUUUUUCCCCAAGAAGAUUAUGUUUUUAGCGGAUUUCUACUAGAGAACUGAGAACCCACUCCAGUAUCAGAUUAUCAAGCUCAGAUAAAGAUAUUUCUCCUUUAAUAGAUAAAGAAUUUAUCAUUAUAAACCCCUUUUAUGGAGCUCUCGCUGAACUUCGUCCGCUAAUCGUCCCAUCAAGUGCUCCGAUUUUUUUUUUUUUUUUUUUUUUUUUGAUCUAUUGGUAAAGGGGCUUCUCCUGAUUUGGUUUUACUAUUGAAUUCUUAAUGGGGGAUUCAGAAAAUGCGGCUCCUCCUUCAAAAAAGAGGGUUGCUGGGAGAGAACUGUCUCGGGAUAAUCCUGGUCUUGAUGAUGAGGAGUCUACCAAGCAAGAGACAGAGACAUUCAAGAGGGCCAGUGAUGAAGUAUUGGCAACCAGAAAAAUGGUUAAGGUUUGCCGUCAUCAAACUCCAGCAGUUGCCUCUUCCAAUCCUUUUACUGGGAUCCGCUUAUUAGCUCCUGCUGAUUCCAGUGCAAAACCAGAUGAAGCAAUCCCUGAAGCACAUGUUGGUGAGCCAAAUUUUUCAGAAGCUGUAGACAAAAGAAGUGAUGUGGGUACAGAAACUGAAAAGGGGCCUGAAAUAACUGAACUGAAAAAAGAAGAUGAGAAUGAUAAGCUGUCAGAAAACAAGACUGAUGAACCAAAGGCAGAAUCUGAUGCUGAUAAGGGCAGAAGUGACCCAGUUGAUGAGGAACAUAAACCUGAGAGUGGUGAGAAAAAGAAAGGUGUUGAUGAUGAAGAAACAAAGAAGGAUUCUAAGGAAGACAUUGGUCAAGCAAAUACAGCCCAUGCUUCAGCGGCUGCUUCUCUAAGUUCAUUUCAACAACUGUCAAGCAGCCAGAAUGCCUUCACCGGUAUUGUUGGUACUGGAUUUUCCAAUUCGUCAUUCUCCUUUGGCUCAAUUCCAAAAGAUGGUCCAGCAGUUGGUUUUGGUUCUGGUUCUGGUUCUGGGUCUCUGUUUGGCCUUACAAAUGACAAGCCAUCUUCUUAUCCUUCCUUCAGUUUUGGUGGUUCUAACAAUGGGAGCCCUUCUGUCUUUAGCACUGCAGGGGCGUCCAGUGUUACUAAGAGUGAGGGAAUUGGUCCCUCCUUGCCGGAAGUGCCUGUUGAGACAGGGGAAGAGAAUGAAAAGGCUGUUUUCACUGCUGAUUCUGUGUUGUUCGAGUAUCUUGAUGGAGGGUGGAAGGAACGAGGAAAAGGAGAAGUCAAAGUGAAUGUUUCGACAACUGGAACUGAAAAGGCGAGACUUAUUAUGAGAGCUAGGGGAAACUUGCGGUUGAUCUUGAAUGCAAGUCUUUACCCAGACAUGAAACUGACAAAUAUGGACAAGAGAGGUAUCACUUUUGCUUGCAUAAAUAGCACAGGAGAAGGUAAGGAAGGACUAUCUACAUUUGCAUUGAAGUUCAAGGAUGGUUUCAUUGCAGAAGAGUUCCGUGGUGCAGUUAUGGUGCACAAAGAGAAGAAGACUACAGUCCUGAAGACACCAGAGAAUUCUCCUAAGGCUUCAGAUGAGUAAAUGUUGCGAUGCUAGGAGACACCGAGUUUUUGUGGAAAAGCGCAUCUUGGGUAAUAGCUGCUCAAAACCGCUUUCUUUUUGUUUACAUUUUAGCAAUUUAUCAAGUCUAAUGUAACCGGCAUUUUAGGUUCAUAUCUAAAUUAGUCGUUCUUUAUCUUCAAUUUAGUCUUGGUCAGAAUAUGCCUUCUUUUCUGGUUAAAGAUUGUAGUUUAAAUGCAUAAUUUGCUCCAAAGAUGUUGACUACUUCAUUGAGGGGCUUGAGAUGAUUGUAUAGAAGAGAUGCCAUUUCUUUUCUUUGUCA